AUGAUUCUUACCUUUAUCAGCCUUUUGAGUUGGAACAUCUGGAAGGCGAGGUGUGCCUUUGUGUAUCAGCAUAAGCCCCUUUCUCCAAGCUAUAUCAUCAGUACUACCAUCAAACUGGUUGCUGAGUUUCAUGAUGCAACAAACCGCUCCCAAGCUACUCAGAUCCAUGACACCUACAGAACGGCUCCACAUCCAAUUUGGAUUGCUCCCCCACCAGGUCAUGUCAAAGUUAAUUGUGAUGCGUUUUGGUCGGCCCCAAAUUCAACCGGACUCGGAGUAGUCAUCAGGGAUCAUACUGGUUCUCUUCUUGGUGGCUCUACUAUCCAAGCAAACUGUUCUUCAGUGGAAAUUGCAGAAUCUGAAGCAUUACUAUCUGGUGUCAAUCUUGCAGUAUCAAUGAAUUUGAAAUUGGUAAAGUUUGAAUCAGAUGAAAGAGAGGUUGUCUCUAACCUGAAGUAUCCAAUUAGCCGGAGCUGGAAAUCUUAUCCAAUCAUCGAUCAAAUAAGGAGACGAUGCUCCUAUUUUGAUCACUACACCUAG